AUGGUAGGAGUAGCAUUCGAUGUCGGAGCCGUUCCUUUCAACCCAGACGGAUGGGGCCCAAUGGAUUCCACCACCGCCGCUAACAACAACAACGACCUCCCUCUCAACGUCCCCUUCGCCCCUUUCUCCCGCUCCGACAAACUAGGUCGAAUCGCCGAUUGGACUCGCAACUUCAACAACCAGACCCGAUCCAAAAACCCUGCUGAUUCCGCCUUCGAUUUCACCCUCGACGAUUCCUUCCCAGGCAACGCCGAUGACGAUGCCACAUUCCGCCUCGUUGAUGGCAAACCACCACCGCGUCCCAAAUUCGGCCCCAAAUGGAGAUACCAGCAACAACGACAACUUCCUCAACGUCGCGAUGAGGAAGUCGAAGCAAAGAAACGUGAGGCGGAGAAGGAGAGAGCUCGUCGCGAUAGGCUUUAUCAUCAGAAUCGUUCAAACCCUAAUAAUCCUCGCCGUGAAGCUGCGGUUUGCAAAUCGUCGGUUGAUAUUCAGCCGGAGUGGAAUAUGCAUGAUCAGAUCCCGUUUUCGACUUUCACCAAGCUAUCCUACAAUGUUCCUGAGCCUGAAGAUCUUCUCCUAUGUGGUGCUCUUGAGAAUUAUAAUCCCAGCUUCUCUUCUUUUUUAUUUGUGUUAUAUUUUUUUAUUUAUUAA